AUGUCAGCGAACAAGUCUACUCGCUUCGCCAAUUCGUCAGCUGAAAAACAGCGGGGGUUUGGUGGGCCGUCUGUCUCCUCGCCCCGUGGUCUCCUUGCUCUCGCGAUGAUGAUUGCUGGUGCUGACGAGCCGUCGCCAGAGCGCGCUGCCGCCUGGUCGGCUGUGGUCGCCAAGCCCCUGUCGGAACCCGAAAGGGCGACCACGGCGAUGAAGCCCCCUCUCCCUCCUGCUCCGAAGCCCGCGUCAGCAGUCUCUGAAAAGACUCCUCCCCUCGCACACGAGGCUCCCGUUGCCGUAACUGCUCUUGUCCAGUCUGAGCCUGUUGCUGCUCUCUCCCCUCCGGCUGCUGGUCCCGCUCCACCGGCUGAUGUUGUUGUACCGCCAGUACCUGCGCCUGCUGGGGCCGUUGCUGAUCCCCCGGUUCCCGUCCCUGGCGCGCCCGUUGCGCUGCCCGCUUCUGCCCCCGGCGAGCCUGCUCCGGCGCUUGCUUUGCCGCCAAAGGCGGCAUCCGCCACCACUGGCGUCCCGGCUCCGUCAGUUGCGCCUGCGGCGGCGGGUCAGUACGCCCCCGCUGUGACGGCGGUGGCUCCUGCAGGCCAGCCGUCACGCCCUCCGUCGCCUAACCAUCGCUCGUCGCGCCCCCAUUCCCCCGCUCCCCACCAGGACCGCAAGUCGUCUCGUCACCGGCGUGAGUCUCCACGGCGGUACCAGCAACAGUCGCACUGGCCUGCUCACCCCGGGGGUCAAGGGGAUUGGAGGGGUCCCCGCGCUCGUGGCGGGGGUGGGGGGUAUCGCUCGCCCGUGACGAUGGCGGAUCUUCAGCGGGAAGUGUCGUGGGCGGUUCGGGAGGAGAGGGCGGCGCAGAGCCAGAGCAGUUCGCUGCGCGCUUUGCCAGCCCACGAGGCUCCCCGUCCGGCUGCGCUCCCCCCGAACCCGCAGCCUGUUGCUGCGCCUCCCCCUCAGAUCCAAGCGCCGCCAGCUCCAUCUCCCGCUGUAUCGGCGCCUGCUCCCGGCUCUCAUCUCCAUCUGCCGCCGGUUCUGCCUGUUGCGGGAGUGGAGUUUGUGGCCGCGGGUGGCGGCUCGUUGGCGGCUCCGUUCGCUCUCCCAGCUGAUGCUGAUGAGCCGCUCCAGUUCCUGGCGGAGGCACUCCAGCCUCCGCAGACCCGUGUUCCCGAGGCGACUCUCGGACAGCUACACCGCCUCGCUGACAGUCUCCACGCUCUGCUGCUGAUUCAGGUGCUGGCCCACUCGUCUCUCCCUGUGAUCCCUCCUGAGACCUUCCGUGGCUGCCAGCGGGACUCUUGCCUGGACGCGGCGGACCGGCUCGCGGUGCUGCUGGCGCCCGUGCUGGCUGCGCCCGUGGAGGGUGGCGCUGCUGCUGCGGGACAACUUGACUAG